UCAGCCCAUGGUGCUACAUUGCAGAGCACGAGGAUGGAGUAUAUUGGAAAUAUUGUGAGAUUCCAUCGUGCCGAAUGCCAGGGAAUCUAGGGUGUUACAAGGACCAUGGAGAGCCUCCACCUUUGACUGGCACCAGCGAGACCUCCAAUAAACUUACCAUCCAAACGUGCAUCAGUUCCUGCCGACGUCAGCAAUUCAAGUUUGCAGGCAUGGAAUCAGGUUAUGCCUGUUUCUGUGGAAAUAAUCCUGACUACUGGAGAUACGGGGAGGCAGCCAGUACGGAAUGCAACAGUGUUUGCUUUGGAGACCAUACUCAGCCUUGUGGUGGGGAUGGCAGAGUCAUUCUUUUUGACACGCUUAUUGGUGCCUGUGGAGGGAAUUAUACUUCUGCUACCGCUGUGAUCUACUCCCCAGAUUUUCCUGACACAUAUGGUACAGGCAGAGUCUGUUACUGGACCAUACAAGUUCCAGGAGCAUCUCAGAUCCACUUCAGUUUUGCCCUUUUUGAAAUCAAAGAUGCUACAGAUAUGGUGGAAUUGUUGGAUGGCUACACCUAUCAUGUUCUAGCUCGUUUUAAUGGCAGUAACCGGCCUCCCCACUCCUUUAACAUCUCUUUGGAUUUUGUCAUAUUAUACUUUUUCUCAGACCAAAUCAAUCAAGCCCAGGGUUUUGCCAUCAGAUAUAGAGCUGUCAAGGACAAUGUGCAUCAAAACAAGAUUCCAAUGAAUCAGACCCUUUCGGAGAAGAUAAAUGAACAAGCAAAUCUCAGCAUCAAUGCAGCCCGGUCAUCAAAGAUACUUUAUGUCAUCACAACCAGCCCAAGUCAUCUUAGCAGCUCCAUGCCUGAGUGGACAAUAUACGGUCUCACAGCACUCCUCAUCCUAAGUGUUACGGCCAUAUUGGCAAAGAUAUUUCUCCACAUUACCAUGAAAUCCCAUCAGACACGAUCUGCCACUGAAAGAGAAGAUUCCCACCAGGUUGCUACUGCUGCCGAGAUCUGGAGUAUUUUUUAUGAACCUUCCACCUCCAUAUCCAUCUUCAAGAAAAAGCUUCGAAGUCAACAAGAUGAUCGCAAUCCACUAGUGGGAAAUUGAAUUGUCUUUCAUUUUUCAAGAUUAAGCUUCUUAAAAUCCAGUCUCAAGACAAUUUACGUAAAUCCAAAGGAUAUCGCAUGAACCAAACAAGAUUGACAAGAAAACAGAACACAUCGAACUUGAAAUGACUCACCAAUGAAAUAUGUGCUGUGUCUAUCUGUGGCCAUCCUGCGUUCAGCAAAUGGCUGUAAGUAAUAAUUACAAAAAAAAUUCAAUGUUGUGAAUUUCUGCAGGAGGAGCUCAGUUAACACUACUAAAGGGUAGCAGAAUAUUGCAUGAUGGAGGUAGAAACUGCUGCAGGUUCACCAACAGAUCACAGAAGGAUUGUUUUCUGUGGAGGUUAAGAGAGAAAGUUUGGGCUGAAAAUGCUGAGAAUCAUUACAUAUGUAAAAAUCACUCUGAAAAGCAUUUUCUGAGGUAAUGGCUAAUUGAACUCUUCAGCUUAUAAAGUAUUUGGCUUUUUAGCUUAGAGUUCAGGCAGCUUCAUCAUCUAUCAGAACCAGCUGUAACAAUUGCUCCAGAGUUUUCUCUACAAGCUGCAACACAACCACGUUACUAGCCAGAGGUAAAGCUGUUUCCACUUGUGAGCUUCCUCUCUUCUUUCAGUAAUUCUUCCUUCUGACCAAAAUAAUGCUACGCUCACUGAAAUCUUUGACUGUGUUUAUGUAAAUGUCUGAAUACCAGUGUCAGAUACUGAAACUGCUUCCAGCUUUUCAUUUCUUUUUUCUCAUUUUCCUUUAGAAACAAUACUGGCCAACAGGUAUUGGCCUCCUCUUACACGGGGGGAUCUUUCCUCUUUGCUCUCCUUUCUUGCCAUUCGGGUUAUGAGACUCCUCUCAUGCCUCUGUCUAUUCUGGGAGCUGUUGCUUUUUUUUUGCUUGUUUUUUGUUUCCUAAGCACCAGAUUUAUUCCCCAAAGGGGAAAUGUAUUCUUUACUCUGAAAGAGGCACUUUUCUAUGAAGCGUUUAAGGCCCAGAAGCACAGAGCUUCUACUUCCAGAUAAAGUAUCUUGUUUCAGGCAUUCUGUUGUCUCCCUGGACAAAGACUUAGGCCAAGCUGACUCCACACAGGAUGAAUACAGCUGUCUUUAAAAGACACUUUUCCCUUGACACUACCAAACAAACUGCAAGGGGCCUGUAGGCAUAAAGAAAACUCUCAAACGCUGAGCACUGAGUUCUGCAGAUGCAGCUAUGCAAAACUGAGCUAACAACCAGUAUUUUCUAACAGCAGUAAAAGGAUUUGACAGAUGCACCUGCUAUAGCUGCAGCAAAAAAGAGAUAGUGUACAAAAACACCAAGUUUUACACAAGGUGCUCUCUCAUUAAGAAGAUUCUGCUCUUGCUCUUCUUGUUUUACAACAUGAAGGUUUCAUGUGGAUUUAUGACGCCCACAAGACUUUCAUUUUGCCACCAAGUUAUUCCUUAAAUAUUGAACCUCAGCAAUGAAAGGUAUCCCCACAGAGUAUCAAAAUACUCAGGUUUGGACAACAAAUGUUUAAAUUUAGUCAUUAAAAAAAUACAGCAAAAAAGAGACAGAACCCGCCCACCCCCCACCCAAAUAAGUGCUGCAUUUAAGUUCAGGCAAGCUAACUAUAGCUCAGCCAACAGCCCACAACUAUCUUUCGCCUAGAGACAAGAGCAGGUGUUCACCGACUGUUUUGUAGCUCAGCAAGGGUAAAGGCAUGUGUUCCUAAAAGCACAAUCCUCUUCAUGAUCAAUCUCAUGGUUUUCUUCACAAGAAAUAAAAAAACAUUAUUCAUCAAUAAUAAAUUCUAGGGGGCAGACAGGUAAAAGAGGAAAGACAUUCAUAAUUGACUUGUCGACACAGGCAUAGCAGCCAAACACAUAUACCCUAAGUUUCAUGAGUUUUUUUUUUAAAGAGUACUUGCCUAAUGAACUAAUUUGCAAAUAAGAUGCAUUUCACUAUAAACAUCAGCAAUUGUCAAGAUUCUGUUCUUGAAGUAAAAAUCGAAGCAUACAAUGACUGGGAAGCAUAUGUUACCUGCCAGUGCUGGUUAACUCCUUCCUGCUAGUUGCUCUUCCAUUACUGUAGCUGUCUUCUCAUACAGACCAAGCUUCCCCACAGCACCUGACAGGAGGAUGCUAAGUGAUCCCCAUGCUAGAAAGAGUCCCAUUCAAAAUGACACUCUUCAGCACAAUAGCCUGACAUCCCAAACAUGGAGUUUUCCCAUACAAAACACGUGGUCGAAGGGAAGGAAGGUGGAUAUCUUGGAUGAAUUCUGAGAGGUGAUUGAAUUGCAGUGCACUGGAAGAGGUUUGGAUAAGAGAGGGAUUAAAAAAAUCCAGGGAGAUUACCAAGUAAAAAAGUUCAGGAAAAGGAAAAACCUGGAGAAGGAGACUGCAAGGGAUUUCUUUUUCCUGUAUCACUGGAUGGGAAAUAAGUAACAUUUGCAGACAAGCUAUUUAAGCAGUAACAUAUAUUACAUUUAUAUGUACAUACCUACACAUACUCACACACAGGUAGCAAUCCACUAGCCACCACAUAUCUCCAAGCCACUCUCUUUUGCUCUCUAGCCUUCAUGAACAUCUCUGGUCAAAUUAUGAACUCUGCUAACAAAAAGAGAGUAGCACAACACUGAUUUUAACUUCAGUGAGACUAGGGAUUUCAUCAUCCAGGCUAAAGACUUGGGUCCAGCUUGACUACGCAGCAUGAAUCCUCCAUUUAUGUCCAUCUGCAUCACGCUGGCUCAGGUUUUGAAACAGUUUUAGUAAAGGACAAUAAACUUAUUUUUAGCUGAAAUUAAAGCAGAAAUCAGUUCCCCUGCUACCAGCAACAUGCAGGCUCCAAACAUACAUGAGGAUGCCUUCCAACAGCUACCUAAGCAGGUAUGCGCUUGAGUGAAACCUCAGGGGCUUAAAAGACCCUCCUUUAAAUGGCUUGCAUACUAUGCAAAGACUCACGUGUUGUCCUACUUGUUAUGGACUGACACACUGCAGUCUCAACACCACCUCUUUUCCUUCCCUGUUUUGCCUGGCAGAGCUCUUCACCUUUUCCACAGCAUAAUCUUUUGUGCACCACUUUCCCAACCCUUCUCUUUUCCUCUUCUACCCUGCAUCUUCUUUGCCGUCCCAACUUAAUUUUUGUUUUCUUGCAGUGAAAAUAUCUAACUUCCUCCUCCUCAACAGGAAUAUUUGCCUGUGAGAGGUGAGAGUAGGGACCCUGAAGCGACAGGCAGCCUCAAAUAACUGGGUAAGACUACUGGGGACAGUAUUAGGAAGGCAGCUAAAAUUUUCAAGUGCUGGCUUCACCCUAAGCAUAAUAUACCAGGGCAAAAAAUAAUUUCUGUUUGAUACCCAAAUGUGACACAUUUGCUCUAACGACAGAGCCUCUCUUGGGCAAAAAUUGCCCAAGCCCAAUAUAUUCAAAGUGAGGUAUGAAAAGGUAAGGAACAGGUUAGGGUGAAAAAGCUAGCUAAUGUCCAAUUUUUUACUUAUGUAUAGAUCUUUGUAUUUUAAUAUUUAUUUGCUGGUAACUCACUCCCUGUGGAUGUUGUGAAAAGUGAAUUUUAAAGGAAUUAGUUGCCUGAAUAUUGAAUGGUCCUGAGACAGAACAUUAGGGGUUGGCUCCAGAAAGAACAUUUCUAAACUUUCUAUCACAAUCAUUUUUGCUAGGAUCUGUAUGUGUGUGUACAUGUAUAGAUAUGUUUGUUUGUUUUUUUUACAAAAGUGAUUGUUGUUGAUGACAGUUCAUUUCAGUGCAUCUAAGACUGUACGUUGAGAAACACAGCUAUCUGUGUCCUUUCCCCACCAACAAGAAGGACAACUUCCACGUGUUUAUGCAAUAAAACUGUAUUUUUGUGUGUUUUUGCUUUUUUU